AUGGGGUCCGUCGGGAGGGCGUCAUCGAACGACGAACAGCCGCGGGGGAACCCAGGCCGCCUCCCCCGCUGGCGGAGGUUCGGGUUGGAGCGCCCCAAGGCUCCCCGGCGCGCAGGUGGAGAGUGGGGCGCGCAGCCCAGUGACCCGCGCGGCCACGAAGAUCAAGAGGAUGAGCGGGUUGGACAUGUGCCCUGUAACUGUAAAUACUGUUUGAAGCCAUCUCCUCUUUUAGUUGGAAGAAAGAAGAAUCAUGUGCAGGUUGAUGGCAAUUGCAAAAGGAUUGCUCGUCCUGCCGCGAAGAAUGACGACAAGGAACCUGCUCCCCCAGAAGAAAUCUUGGAGGCGCUCAGAGAGAUACCCAGGUUGGAGCGUGCUGAUUUACUGAGAGCCUACAGCAUGCUCAUCCGCGAUGAUCGUCUGUUCAGAUCUCUCAUGGCGCUGCCUAAGGACAUGAGGAAGGACUGGCUGCUCAUGGAGACUGGGAACCAGUGA